AUGCAGCAUACAUCUCCGACACCUCCAGCAUUAACAGAAAACUUUAAUAUGAUACCUAUAUCAACACCAAUUAUUUCCGAUGUUACAGCAACUCAUGAUAUAUCAUAUCCUUCACUUUUACUUAAAAAGAAAUUAGCUAUGCUUGACAAUUCAUCUACAACAACAGAUAUUGCUAUUUCACAUGACACAAUUAAUUCAUCGGUUUCGUUAAUCAGACCAUCAAGUACAACUUUAUCGAUCAAUGAGAAUGAACCUGUCAAAAGUGCUAGUCGCCGCCGUAAACCACUUCGACCUUGGUCAUUGUCUGCACGUGUGGAACGACCAAAUUCGAUCAUUCAAUCGAAUAAUGAUUCUAUCGAACCGAUUAGUGAUAAUGAUGAUGAUCAUAAUAAUAAUAAUCUAUCGGAAAUGAAAGAAUCACCUGUAAAUAAUGAAGUGAUAAAUAGUAAUAUUCAUGAAGAUAAUAAUUCAUCAAAUAAUGAAUGGCCUAAACAAUUGUCAACUAUUGAAGAAAUUCUAAAAUUAUAUCGUGUUGAAACGAAUGGAUCAGUUGAAUGUAUUCGAUGUGGCUGUAAAGCUAAUCAAGAUAAUCUACUUGAUCAUGUUUCUAUUCAUUAUCCAUAUAAAUGUUAUUCAUGCGGAUUCUAUUGUGAUUCAUUGUCAAAUCUUGAUAAACAUAAUCUAACUCAUACAUCUACUAAUCAUACAAAACCAACAUCUAUUGAAGAAGUUUCACUUCCUUUACCAACAUCAAUAAAAUCAUCUGAAACAUUAAAUGGUACGAACAGUGAAAAAUCGACUCCAUCAAGUAAAGCUAAAGUUCAUCGAUGUCGACAAUGUUCAUUUGUAUCUAGUAUUAAAGAAGAUUAUUGGGCACAUCAUCGAGUACAUAUCCGAGCUGAUAAAAUUCUUGAAUGUCCAAGUUGUCCAUUUGUUACUGAAUAUAAACAUCAUCUUGAAUAUCAUUUACGAAAUCAUCUUGGUUCAAAACCAUUUAAAUGUUCAAAAUGUGAAUAUGCAUGUGUUAAUCUUUCAAUGUUACGUUCACAUAAGAAAUCUCAUUUUCGUCAUUUAUUAUUUAAAUGUUCAAAUUGUUCAUUUGAAUCUAAACAGUAUCAAACAUUACAAGAACAUUUACAAAUUGAAGGACAUGAACCAUAUUUAGAUGAAAAUAUUGAAGAAUUUCUAAAAGAAUAUUCUAAUGGAAAUUUAACAUCAUUAAAUCCAAUGACAAAUAAUAGUAAUUCAUCAUCAUCAGCAACACCACCAACACUUGUACCAACAUCAACACAAAAAACACAUACACGUUCAUCAAGAUCAAAAAAACGUAAAUCAAUUUCAAAUACAUCUGUACCAACUCUUAUUCAACGUACAUCUUCAAUAUCAUCAAAUGAUUCAUCAACAGGUGCAAUAUCACCCAUAUCAACUGAUGAACAUCAAAUGGAUUCAAUAAAUCAACAAUCAUCAACAACACCAUUACCACUUGUUUGUAGUCUAUGUGAUUAUGUUGCUGUUUCAAAAGAAGGACUUGGUGUACAUUUAUUCCAACAUGCAUGUAAAAAAAGUGAUCUAUUAAAUCGAUCACUUCUAAAUAAUUCAACUAUUGAUCCAACAGCAAAAUUAAUGGAAUUAUUCAAUGGAAAACUAGGAUCAUUUACAAAUACAAAUGCAGUUACUCCUCAGUUAAAUGAUUUUCUUGGUCCAUAUCAACAAUUUCUUACUCAACAAAUUCAAUCUCAUUUAAAUUCAACGAAUUCAUUAGCAUCAACAUCAUCAUCAAAUAUUCAUCAUUAUCAUCUUGAUAAUAAUAAUAAUCAUGCAUCACCACCGUCCUUACUUAAUAGUGGUUAUUCCCUAUUAUCAUCAUGUAUUAAAAAUGAUCCAAAUGAAAAUUCUCUUCCACCUGCUAAACGACAACGAAAAGAACAUUCAACCUGUAAAUCAUAUUCAACAGAUGGUGAUAAUGAUGAACGAAAUUUAAAUUCUGUUGAUCAACAAACACAAGUUGAUGAAUGGCAAAUCAAACGUUUAUUUGAAUGUUUUCAUUGUGAAAUUAUUUUCAAAGAUUUUGCAAUGUACUGUACACAUAAACAAUUACAUUAUUCUUCAGAUAAUCCUUUUCGUUGUGCACAAUGUGGUGAACAAAAAGCAAAUAAAUAUGAUUUUUUUGUACAUGUUGCACAACAAGCUCAUGAUCUGACUUGA